AUGACCACUGCCGCUGUAAUCAGCGCCCUUGGUCUUUGCUGGCCCAAGUCGGCCUUGAAGCUGGCACCAAGGCUUCAGUCCCAGGGCUCUCUUUGCAUCUCGAGAGCGAUGCAGGCGGCGGCAGCAGUGCGCGAGGUGUUGGUGGAGUAUGCUGAGGUAGCCUGGACAUGCGCGUACUGGGUGCUGUUGGUGCCAGAGGUGUACGAGAAGCCGGUGUGGAUGGGUCCAAAGUUCACGUCUAUCGUACUGGCGCUGAAAAAGCACCGCCGUGCUUCGAUGAUAUGGCUAUAUAUCAAGGUAGCAGACGGCGACCGACAAGCAUGA